AUGGACGUCUCUUACAUUCCUCAUGCCGAGCGCGUCCGCCGCAAGAACCGGUCAUCCACCAAUCUCAACCAUCUCUCGCUUGCUCCUCUGACCACAAAGCUUCCCCUCGAUGACGAAGAACUAUUAGAUGAUGCUGGCCUGCCGAUGCCGCGUCCCAGCACUUCGUAUCUACAAGGCAAAUCCGCUCCCACCACGCCUCGGCUACUCGCCAGCUCCGCAACCAACCCUCGCUCGCGCUCGAGAUCACGAAACCGCACACCCUCUGCUUCAGGCGCCCCAAUCACCAAAAGCAAAUCGUCGUCGCACCUUGCCAGCGGCCAUGCGACGAAGAAGUCCACGUCCGGCACCAUGACCCCCCGCCGGCGGCAUGACGAGGGGCCUGAUGGCGAUUGGCUGCUAAGGACUGGCGCAAUGAUGACGUUUGAAGCGAGAGAAUACAAGGGCCAAUCAUGGCUCAUCUCGCGCCAGAGCUCUACAAGCCUCACAGGCAUCCGGAACAUUGAAGACGCUGCGUUUGAAGACGAGCUCGCGCGAGAACGAGAAAUCACCAGCAUGCUUACAAGCAGACGCGGCAGUCUGGCCGACGACGACAUGUCCAUUUCCGUCAUUGGAAGCAAAAUCCACAGUCGGUCUCAGAGCCGAUCGCACAGCAUCCACGGCAGCCGGAGCCAGCUCAUGACGCCGAUAGAACGAACCCUGGACGAGGGCUCCUACUUCCCCAACCACGAGUCGCUCGCCGGCCCCGACUUUGUCGAUCUCGACGAGAGGCUGGAAGAGCUGGAGCGAGACACGCUCGAAGACGCCGAGGCCGACGUCAAGAGGCUGAUGCGGCGCGGCACCGGGGCCAAGGCCUCGUGGAUGACUGGAUUCAUGGGAUGGUCGCUCUUUUCGGUGGACGAGCACGAGGAGGAGACAGACGAUGACGACGAGUCAGAGUACGACGAGUCACUGGCAGAUUCGCAAUCGCACGUGGACCGCAGUGCUUGGCUGAAGCGUCACGUCGAGGGGCCUUUGGAUCCAGAGGACUUUGUGCCGCCUCCAACGACGGACGAGGGAGGCUGGAGUGAUGCGGCUUGGCUGCUUAGCGUAGCAUCAAAGGUGAUCUUUUGA